UCUUUAAAAAAAAAAAAGAUCCAGUUAGGUCUAAAAAUACUUCUGGGUAGUUCCGCAGCACUCAGGAUUUACCUGUCUCAGAGUCCUUCUCAUGGUAUAUCGAAAUUGCCAGUUUACUCAUGACUCCCCACUCAACUUUAGAUUUCUGCAGGUCUGACCUAUUUACCAUUUCAUUGUAGCCCACAGUGCCUGACACACUGUAGGCGUUGAAAUAUUUGUGGGAUGAAUUCAGAAAUGAUAUUUUAUCAUGAAUCUUGCUGUCUAUUUGAGAAGUGAUUUUACACCCUUGGUUCACACAAGUCAUGUUUCCUGUGCAAAUUGAGCUUUAAAAGUUCUCAGUAGACACCUCAGAACCAACCCAUUGUUGAGACUCUAGUAGUACCUGCUGGACUUGUCAGCCUUUCGUGUUAAAUCUUGCCUGAGGCCAUUUGAGUGUGCAGCUGAGCAUCCUCCUGUCCAUGCCCACUGACGCAGGCUGACUGAAGUCACAGUUGCCAGGAUGUAAUGCUUUUCUCUAUUUUUUGUAGGUGCUGCCAUGCUUACUGAGUCCCUUCUCUCUGCUCCUCUAUCACCUUCCAUCAGUGACUGUCACCAGCCUUCUGCAACAGCUCAUGAACCUACCUCAGAGCACAGCUGCACCAGCACCCUCCAACCCUCACCUCGCUGCUGUGCUCCAGAACAAGUUUGGCCUGUCACUGCUCCUCGUCGUCCUGAGCCGUGGGGAAGACCUACAGAGUUCAGACCCUGCUACAGAAUCAACACAGAACAACCAGUGGACGGAGGUGAUGUUCAUGGCAACCCGAGAACUUCUGCGGAUUCCCCAAGCAGCCCUGGCCAAGCCAAUCUCUAUACCCACAAACCUGGUAUCCCUCUUUUCUCGCUAUGUUGACCGACAGAAACUGAACUUGCUGGAGACAAAGCUGCAGCUGGUUCAGGGGACCCGAUAAAAGACCUCCAGGCGUGUCCUGUGCCUCCUUUAGGCUGCGCCCGCACCGCAGCCGUCACAGCGGGGUGUUUCUGAUGAGGGAGGGAAGGUAGCUUGUUCCCCAGAGCGUCUCGUGGGACCGGUUCCUGUCACAGGGCUUGGCUCUCAGUGCCCCGUAUUUCCCCACUGCUCUGUGAAAUUUGGCUGGGCGAUAUUUCCGCUGGCUCCUUCUUACCUUCUGUGUUACAGUUCUGCAUGUCCUGCUUUUCCUCAGUUCUUCUCAGUUUUGCAUUUUCUUUGCCCUAGAGACACAAAUAUAAUCUCUCCCCUUACCUACCCCCACUACUCCAGUCAGAGUAGAUUGUAGCCUGCCAAGGGAUUCCUCCCCUCAUCCUAUUAAAGUCUUCUUUCAUUGCCCCAUAUUAACACAACUAUAGGAGAACCAAUUAAGUAGAAACCAAUACAUAUAUAUAUAUAUAUAUAUAUAUAUGCACACACUCCCCUCUACAUACGUUCAUGUGAUCUCCAGAGGAUCUUUAAAGAACGAGUUUUAGAUUGAGAAAUAUGUAGUUGACACGUCCCUCCUCUAAAAACAAACCAGCUGAUGUAUUUUUAAUCUGUUUCUAGUCCAUCCUGCAAUUAAUUUGGUGGGUUCUACUUGUUUUAAUAUAAAUACAGGGUAUGCAGCACGUUAAAAUCAGGACUCUUAAUUGGCUGACACCCAGCUCUAGGCUGAGAAGUCCUGUUUCUCCUCCCCGCCGUAUUUCCUUUGUAUCUGUCCACCUCAGUGAAAUGGCACACGGUUAAGCCCUUAUCCUGCUACAGCUACAGUGUACUUGAGCCUGUCCCCUCCAGGGCGUGCAAGGUUGCCCCAGAUGAACCGGACUUAGAGCCUGCUUCCACAGCGUAGCGUUUGCACAUUCGCUCUGUCUUCCUGAGACAACUUCAAUAAAGCCAUGCUUUUACUUCC